AUGAGUGCCAACGAUUUUCGAGUGGGUGAUGAGGAGGACGAGAUCAAGCGACCCGAUCCUUUCCCGUAUUCCGAGACCGAGGAUGUCAUGCUACCCGAAGACUAUGCUCCCACAAGACAUGAUGUCAUCAACGGUAGAGGGCGCAAAAGUUACAAUCAUAUUGCGAACAGGAGGUUUCGUCAGUUGAUCGCCAUGAAUCUGGAACGAUAUCUUGCUGCUAGGUGCAAAGUCGAUAAGACUCUUGUAGUCGUGGGAAUUGUCGACACCAUCCGCAAUGCCAAACCAACGGGAGGAUUCCUCAAGCGUUGUCCCAAGACGGCACGAUGGAUCUCCUUGAGCGACGAAAGUGCCCGAGAAAAGGUGGGCCACUGUCUCCGUGACAUGAUUGCAUCCCAACGAGACAACAAGAAAUCGGGAAAGGGCGCCGCCAAGAAAACCAAAGCGGCGGUGCGAGCAGCAGCAGCGGCCAUGUCAUCGCCCGGAAAAGAGUCGGCAUCCAAGGGCCCACCCAUGAUGAACAAUAUGUGGCAACCACGAGCACCGGAUGGUUUGCCGGCUCCCAAGGCCGCCAAUCCCAUGGCGGAUCCGGCAUCCUUUGCCAUGUGGGCGUCGUUCCAAGACGGUCGCAACCCUGCCAUGAUGCCUCCACUGCAACCGCCCAUGCCACCAUUGAUGGCUCCCCCCAAUCCUCCUCCCGCUGCUGCGACUUCCAAGUCAAAACGGUCCCGGAAGAGUGCAGGUGAUAAUCCACCUGUCAGCUUGAACAACUUGGAUACUGUCUCACUACAAAAGGGUAAUCUACAAGACAUGUCAGAACAACAAAGGAGGAUUCUGAGCAAACUGGAGAACGGAUGGAAGGGAACUGUGGAAGAAUUGAUGGAAGCUGUGAAAUAA